GGCAAAAGAGAGGGGGCUGUUGAGCUUCUUUAAGACCAUGUGAUCCCAUCUUUAACUGUCAUUCACAAGAAGCAACAAGUACAAGCAAGUGACUACCAUGAAAAGUGAAACCGAACGGAAAACUGUGAUAUCUGAGAGCCGAAAGGUUCGCAAACCUCUGAUGGAGAAAAAACGCCGCGCCCGCAUCAACGACAGCCUGGAGGCCCUCAAGCAGAUCCUCCUGGACUCGAAAACCACCCUCAAGGAGUCCUCGGGCAAGAAAAGCGGCCAAAGAACGGCGAAAUUAGAGAAAGCCGAUAUUUUGGAAAUGACUGUGCGCUACGUCCAACACCUUCGCAGCAAAAUCAGCCAAAAUGAAGCCCAAGACGAGCGAAAAAAUUGCGAUGCAACUCCGGCGAUAAAAAUGGGCGUUACGCUAAUUCCCACCAAACUAACCAACGGUGACAUUGUUUUCGUCAUGCCCUCGAACCUGAAGACCACGCAGAACGGCCAAGAGUUCGGAAUGAAAAUUGGGGGAAAUGUGUGGCGGCCGUGGUGAACUUUUGUACAUAGAAGACUGGUCUCGUGCUGUGAUAUUCAAGUGUAAA